AUGUAGGGUAGUGUUCAGGCCUCCACCGAAGGGAGCGCUGUUUUCCCAUUUGGUCUGACUCAGUACUCUGGCAGAGGUCAGAGGUCGGAACAACACCGGCAGCAUGUGUGAAAGUCACUGUUCAGGAACAAACAGCAGAACGACAAUAAUGGAAAAAAGCAGUGUGGACAAUAACUAGAAUGCAUGUGCAUUAACCAGGGUUUGUGUUACCUUAUAAACGAAACGUAAAUUGUCGACAAAUUCUGCGCUUUUUGCAGCCUAAUGCCAGCUGAAGCAUGAUGAAUCCAGAGCAGCCCAGAACUGGCUUCGCCCUGCAGAGACGACAGGCAGAUUUAGCCCCUCGGGGCACACUGAGCACCGGCCUACUGCUGGGCCUCAUCCAGAGAGCCAGGCCUCCUUCCUUCUGCUUCUUGCUCCCCAGGGUCCACGCAGCUGAUGUGGCUGCUGCCCAGCCUGCGCAGAUGCCUUCUUCUUCGUCCUCCACCACCAGUCCUGCUUCUGCACCCAUCCCCUCACCCAGCACAAUGCCAAGCAACAUAGGAAGGCCAGAAUUCCCAGACACAGGAUUGGACCGUAUCAAGGAUCUCUUUGACAAAGACGUGACACAGAGCUACCCAGAGGAGCUGACCAACGUGAUAAAGAGUGGUGUAGUUGCAGCGCUAGCAGGCUUGCUCUACGGUGGCCUGCCAGCAGCUCGCCAUGCCAGGCAGAGGUAUAUCCAAGUCAGCCAGGCGGAAAUCUAUACUAGCCGAGUGGAGGCAGUGCGCUCAGCUCAUAAUGCAGCAAUCAGGGGUUUCGUGAGAUACGGAUGGAGAUGGAGCUGGAGAGUGGCUGCUUUUGUCACCCUGUUCAAUACUGUCAGCACAGGGCUGUCUGUGUACCGAGACAAAUAUACCCUAAGUCAUUAUGCUGCAGCUGGAGCUGUGACUGGAGGCCUUUUCAGACUUAACCUGGGCCUGGGCGGGCUGGUGGCAGGGUCAAUCAUCGGAGCAGUGUUGGGGAUUCCCACUGGUGCUUUGAUCAUUAGCAUGCAGUCAAUAUCAGGAGAAACUGCUAGAGAGAGGAGGAGGCGAGAGCGCAGAGAACUUUACGAGCUCAGACUCUCAGAAUGGACGGCACGUCUGCAGUUGACCGAUGAUUUGAUUGGAGAGCUGAAUGUCAGCUCUCAAGCAGAGGAAACCAAUAAGGACAUGCAAAGGAUCCAGGAACUGCUUAGCUUACCACAUAAUGAGGAUGAGACUUAGGACUCACACAGCCAAUGACAGGAGCUGCCUCAGUGCCUGUUAUCUGUUGGAUAUUGAAGGUGGGACUUCACACUACUGGGAGGAUAAAUGGGUUACUUCUUUCCCUGGACUCCACAUCUUCUUUCUAACUGAACUAAAAACGGCUUUGCAUUAGAAUUAAAAGACACUGUUUUCCCUCUCAAUAAUAGAUGUACAAUCUGUAAAAUUCUAAUCACAAAGUAGCCAUUGUAAGGGAUAUGACCUGACAAAAUCCUUAACAUCAAGGAAACACAGUGUCUCCUAUAUAAUGUUUCCUCUAGCUUUCAAAAUCACCUCAGCUCGUGUUUUUAGUGUGCUUGUGUCCUUCAGCAUUGUCUCCUUAAAUAUAAACAAUACACAUU